AAAUCAGAGCGCACAUGCGGAAGUUGUUGUCAGUGUUUAGCUCUUUUCAAGCAUCAGACAUUUAAAGAACAUGCUUUUUCUUUUCUCUCUUUGAAACCGUGGACUAUAACGGAAAUAACUCUGGAGGAAGCCGUCGCAUUACUGGAACUAUAUUUAGUUGUCAUGAUAAUUUCAUUUUCCUGGGCGAUUUAUUUUAUUUUCCUGUCCAAACCUCUGUUUGGGAAACAUUAGCUAGCUGCUAGCAUGGCUCGAUGACAGUGUGACAGGAUCGGGUUUGGUUUUGGCUGUCGCUCCUGAGACACGAAGAUGGAUUUCUCUAAAUUCCUGGACGACGACUUCGACGUGAAGGACUGGGUGAACGGCGCCUUCAAGGUGGUGCAGAAGGAGGCUCCGGGGAAGGCGGACACACACGCAGCCACUCUGGUCAUGAAGCUGCAGCUCUUCAUCCAGGAGGUCAACAACGCCAUCGAGGAGAGCAGCAAUCAGGCCCUUCAGAAUAUGCCCCGAGUGCUGCGGGACGUGGAGGCUCUGAAACAGGAGGCCUCCUUCCUGAAGGAGCAGAUGGUUCUGGUCAAAGAGGACAUCAAGAAGUUCGAACAGGACACUGUGCAGUCCAUGCAGGUCCUGGUGGAGAUAGAUCAGGUGAAGAGUCGAAUGCAGCUGGCAGCAGAAGCCCUGCAGGAAGCAGACAAGUGGAGCACGCUGAGUGCAGACAUCGAGGAGACCUUCAAAACACAGGACCUUGCAGUGAUUUCCUCCAAGCUGACCAGCAUGCAGAACAGCCUGGCCAUGCUGGUGGACACGCCGGACUACUCUGAAAAGUGUGUUCACUUAGAGGCCCUGAAGAACAGACUGGAGGCCAUGGCCAGCCCACAGAUAGUCGCAACCUUUAAUUCCAUGUCUAUAGACCAAGCGAAGCUGUUUGUGAAAGUCUUCACGGAGAUCGACAGAAUGCCUCAGCUUCUGGCGUACUACUACAAGUGUCAUAAGGGACAGUUGGUGAGCGUGUGGCAGGACCUGUCUCAGAGUGAGCUCAGUCUCAAUCAGCAGCUGGCCGAGUUUUAUGACACCUUGCUCUCGUCGUGGCACACUCAGCUGCAGUGGAGCAGCCAGGUGUUUAAGAACCCGUACGAAGUUGUGACGGUGCUGCUGAUCCAGACUCUGGGGGCCAUGGUGCCUUCGAUCCCCGUAUGCCUGAGCUCGUCCAUGGAGCGUGCAGCACAGGAACAGCGGCUGGACACUCUGCUGGAACUGCAUCAAACCGCGUCCACGUUCGGACACGGCCUGGAGGCCGCCAUGCUGCCACACCUGGGUGAAAACAACCUGCUGAAGGUGACCGAGCUGGUCUGUGCUCUGUAUGAUCCCUACAAGCCUUACCAGCUGCAGUACGGAGACCUGGAGGAAAACCACCUCCUCAUUCAGAUCAGUGCUAUUCCUCUGGAACACGGGGAGGUAAUCGACUGUGUGGAAGAGUUGAGUCACUCCGUAGGAAAGUUGUUUGGACUGGCCAGUGCAGCCGUGGAUCGCUGCGUCAAACUGACUGAUGGACUUGCCGUGUGUGGCCUCCUCAAAGCUCUCAAAGCCCUCUUCACCAAGUACGUGUCCGACUUCUCCACGACGCUCCAGUCCAUCAGGAAGAAGUGUAAACUCGAAGAUAUCCCCAGUUCAUCAGGUUUCCAGGAGGACUGGACAGCUUUCCAGAACUCCGUCAGGAUCAUUGCCACGUGUGGAGAGCUGCUCAGACAAUGUGGGGCGUUUGAACAGCAGCUAUCAAACAAGAUCCUGGGAACGGCGGGAAAAUACCUGUCUGAGUCGUACAGCCCUCGCAGCCUGACGGGCAUCCAGGAGGCCACCUCCACCGAGAGGAAGAGCGCCACCAAGAACCCGUGGCAGGAAUACAACUACCUCCAGAGGGGCAACGUCGCCGAAUACAACAACCUCAUGGAAGUGCUGUACUCGUUAAAGGAAAAAGGCACAGGGAACUCCAGCUUGUUAGCGGAACCCAGAACCGCUCUGACCAGACUCAAUCAGCAGGCGAACCAGCUGGCCUUCGACUCUGUCUUCCUGCAGAUCAAACACCAGCUCUGCCUCGUCUCAAAGAUGGAGAAUCAAGAGGGACCCGGUUUAGGAGAGAGCUACACUGAAGACCUGCCUAAUUUCAGCCUGUCGCCACAGGAGUACAUCACAAAUAUAGGGCAGUACCUGAUGUCUCUGCCUCUCCACCUGGAGCCCUUCGUGACACAGGAGGAUCCGGCGUUGGAGAUGGCAUUGCAUGCUGGGAAGCUGCCGUUCCCUCCGGAACAAGGUGAUGACCUCCCCGAGCUGGACAACACUGCAGACUACUGGCUGGGCUCCAUCGCUCGUGCCACCAUGCAGACUUACUGCGACGCCAUCUUGCUCAUCCCCCAGCUGAGCCCACAUUCCACCAAGCAGUUGGCCACAGAUAUUGACUACCUGAGCAAUGUGAUGGACGCCCUGGGCCUGCAGCCCUCACGCGCCCUGCAGCAUAUCGUCACGCUACUGAGAGCGAAACCCGAAGAAUACAGGCAGACCGCCAAACUGCUGCCUCGACGACUGUCCUCCACCAUCGCUGCACUCCGCUGCAUCGACUACUAACAGCCUGGGCGAAGGAGGACGACUCCCAGAACGGCACUGAAGGCCUUCUGUGCUGUAAACAAACAGAGGAAUGUGAUAUCAAUAGGAGCGGGUUUACAUGUAAACGUUCCUCGUCUCAGAUUUGCUUGAUGUAUCUGAGUUAGGGCUACAGCGUAUUAGGGCAUUUCUGUCUACUUGAGGGGGGUUGUGGGAAUGUUGGGAGAAAAUCAUGGCAGUUACGGCUUUUUAUUUUUUUUUUCCUCAAUGCGUUGUUAUUGAUCAGAGUUCCAUUGAUGUCUCACCGCAGUGUCGAUGCCUUCAACUCAAGCCAAAUGGUUGUUCUGACUUGUCAUUUUUGAUUUCUGCAUUCAUGAGGUAGGGCAGCUUCAUAGCAUUUAUGAAAACAUAUAUGACCAAUAUAUUUGAUACACGUACUAAUAUAAUUAUUUGUGGCUAUUAAAUUAUAUGUAGUAAUAUUUCUGAUAUGAGCUUUAUGGAUUUUUGUUUACUUGGCUUCAUUUUCAAUAUUUAACUUGCAGGUUGAAGAGGACGGUGGUCUAUUUCUUUGUUGUUGUGGUAUGGGAUGGACUAAUAUGGCAGGUGUUCCAUAUUUGUUCAUGCAGUAUUGUGAAAAUGUGUACAUAAAACAUUGACAUCAA